AUGAGGAAGAUCCGAGCCAAUGCCCUCGCAAUCCUGACCGUAGCCUGGAUCCUGGGCACUUUCUACUACUUAUGGCAGGACAACCGAGCCCAUGCAGCAUCCUCGGGCGGCCGCGGCGCGCAGAGGGCCGGCGGGAGAUCGGAGCAGCUCCGCGAGGACCGCAGCAUCCCGCUCAUUGUGACAGGAACACCCUCCAAAGGUUUUGAUGAGAAGGCAUACCUGUCAGCCAAGCAGCUGAAGCCGGGAGAGGACCCGUACAGACAACAUGCCUUCAACCAGCUGGAGAGUGACAAGCUGAGCCCAGACCGGCCCAUCCGGGACACUCGCCAUUACAGUUGCUCAUCCUUGUCCUAUGCCUUGGACCUGCCAGCCACCAGUGUCAUCAUCACCUUCCACAAUGAGGCUCGCUCCACACUCCUGCGCACAGUGAAGAGUGUUCUCAACCGAACUCCUGCCAACUUGAUCCAGGAAAUCAUUUUAGUGGAUGACUUCAGUUCAGAUCCUGAAGACUGUUUGCUUCUGACCAGGAUCCCCAAGGUCAAGUGCCUUCGCAAUGACAGGCGGGAAGGGCUGAUCCGCUCCCGGGUUCGCGGGGCAGAUGUAGCAGGAGCCACGGUUCUCACCUUUCUAGAUAGUCACUGUGAGGUGAACGUGGAGUGGCUGCAGCCCAUGCUGCAGCGGGUGAUGGAGGACCACACCCGUGUGGUGAGCCCCAUCAUUGACGUCAUCAGCCUGGACAAUUUCGCCUACUUAGCAGCAUCUGCAGAUCUUCGAGGAGGAUUCGACUGGAGUCUGCAUUUCAAGUGGGAACAAAUCCCACUGGAGCAGAAGAUGACCCGGACAGACCCCACCAAGCCCAUCAGGACACCGGUUAUAGCUGGAGGAAUCUUCGUGAUUGACAAGUCCUGGUUUAAUCACUUGGGAAAAUAUGACGCCCAGAUGGACAUCUGGGGAGGAGAGAAUUUCGGUGAAACUCUCCUUCAGGUAUGGAUGUGCGUGGCAGCUUGGAGAUUGUACCCUGCAAGCCGCGUGGGCAAUGUCUUCAGAAAGCGGCACCCCUACAACUUUCCCGAGCAAUGCCUCACGUAUAUCAGGAACACAAAACGUACUGCAGAGGUCUGGAUGGAUGAAUACAAGCAGUAUUACUAUGAGGCCCGGCCCUCCGCCGUAGGGAAGGCCUUUUGGCAGGUGGCGUAGGCCACACGGAUCGAGCAGAGGAAGAAGAUGGACUGCAAGUCCUUCCGCUGGUAUCUGGAGAAUGUCUACCCCGAGCUCACGAUCCCAGCAAAGGAAGUCCUCCCUGGUGUCAUUAAGCAAGGAGUCAACUGCUUAGAAUCCCAGGGCCAGAACACAGCUGGUGACCUCCAUGCUGGGAUGGGGAUCUGCAGAGGGUCUGCCAAGAGCCCCCACCAGCCCAGAGCUGUCCUUUGUCUUGCGGCAUGGCUGUUCAGCGACCACCAUCAGAGCAAAGGGAACUGCCUGGCUGCUACCUCCACCUUAAUGUCUUCCCCUGGUUUCCCAGUAAUACUGCAAGAGUGUAACCCUAAAGAAAGCAAGCAGAAAUGGAGAAGGAAAGGCUCUUUCAUCCAGCACUCUGUCAGCGGCCUCUGCCUGGAGACAAAACCUGCCCAGCUGGUGACCAGCAAGUGUCAAGCAGACGCCCAGGCCCAGCAAUGGCAACUGCUGUCACACACAUGA